CCCUUUAAAGAGCGGCGGGGGGGGAAGGAAUAGGAAAGAGAAAGGGGUGAAGGGGAUGGCCGGGAGAUCCGACAGCAAGACCGCCCGGGAGAUCCUCUGCGACGCUCUCGCCGGCGCCUCCGCAGGGGCGAUCGCGGCGACCUUCGUCUGCCCGUUGGACGUGAUCAAGACGCGGCUUCAGGUCCACGGCCUGCCUGAGAUGUCCCCCUCCUCUUCCCGCCGCAAUAUCAUCGUUUCAAGCUUAAAACAGAUACUAAGGAAUGAAGGCAUAAGUGGGUUGUAUCGUGGUCUCACUCCAACUGUUACAGCACUACUUCCAAAUUGGGCUGUGUAUUUUACAGUUUAUAAUCAGCUGAAAAGCCUACUUCAUGUGGAUAAGAGUAAUGAGCUACCAUUCGGCGCAAAUAUGCUUGCUGCCUCAGGUGCGGGAGCUGCAACAGCUAUUACGACCAAUCCAUUAUGGGUUGUUAAAACUAGACUUCAAACUCAAGGAAUGAGACCAGAAGUGGUGCCAUAUAAGAGCAUGCUAUCUGCUUUAAGAAGGAUUGCACUUGAAGAGGGCAGGCGUGGUCUAUACAGUGGCCUUCUUCCUUCUUUAGCAGGGGUUAGCCAUGUUGCUAUCCAGUUUCCAGCAUAUGAACAGAUAAAGUCUUACUUGGCAAGACGAGAUAAUACUACAGUGGAUAAGCUUAAUCCAGGAAAUGUAGCUACUGCUUCUUCAUUAUCUAAAAUAAUUGCUUCCACAUUGACAUAUCCGCAUGAGGUCAUACGGGCAAGGCUGCAAGAACAAGGCCAUGCACACAAUAAUACUAAUAAAUAUGUUGGUGUAAUGGAUUGCAUUAGAAAGGUGUACCAGAAAGAAGGCAUUCCUGGCUUUUACCGUGGCUAUGUCACAAACUUGCUCAGAACUACCCCUGCUGCUGUUAUUACAUUUACAAGUUAUGAGAUGAUUCAUCGACGUCUGCUGCAAAUUAUUCCGACCUGACCAGAAGCACACAAAAUAAGUCAGCAAAGCAUCCACUAGUCAGAUUGGAUUUACAAAAGGGAGAAGAGGCAUCAAGGAAAGAGAUUGUAAUCAUUCAUUUGAAACGAAUUCAAGUAGCAUUCAAACCAGCGGCUUUGGUCGUGUCGGAUAAAUUCAAUUAUCUGACCAUUGCAGGUACACAAAGUAGCUCAUGGAGUAAUAAAAAAGGCUUUCUGUAUCCCAGAAACAUGUGAUUAUUUUGGCUUACAUUUUCAUCGAGCAUAGGCAUCUCGAGCUUGAAAGCAUGUUUUGAACUUUCUUUCUUUCUCGGUCGUAGAUUGACAAACAUGUUGUAUAUCCUUGCAUAUGCCACAGUCAGCACGCUUCCGCAGGCGUGUGGUAACUGCUCCAUACAUUGUUUUGCCUUUUGUGAUGCAGAUGACAUUCUUUACCUAGGA